AUGGUCAAGAUGUUCGUAUUGGUACUCAAAAGAAACGAAAUAGAACAAGUGAUCCUUGAAAUAGGAAAACUGUGGCACGUUGAUAACGAAAACAGUCAGCAAAAUGAGGAAAUGAACUUUUGGAUACGCCCUUUGUUUGGUACUGUUACGCUGACGAUCAUGGUUUUCACACUCGUCCCCUUGGCAAUAACAAUAUACGGGUGUUACACCAAAAACGAAGCGGAAUACAAAUUUAUAUUAGAGAUGUAUUUUUUCAACCAGAUAGAUUCUCACUUCAAAUAUUUAAUGGCAAUAGUAUUUCAAAUAGUAAUGUGCAUCCUAUGUCAAAUGUGCAUAGCCGUGCCGUGUGAUUACCUACUGCUUGAUCUAUCGUGUGACCUAGCUGCCUUGAUAAGAAUGGUUCAAAUAGACUUGCUUAGUCUAAAGGGCACUGCUAAUUUGGAAAAUUUAAAUAUUGGCGAUGUUAAUUCUGAAGAUAUUAAGAGUAUUGUAAAAAAACAUCAAAUUUUAUUGAGUCUCACGGAACGAUUAAACAACAUUUUCAAGGAGGUUAUUUUUUCUCAAGUAUACUUAUCAUCGGUGGUCAUUUGCUGUUAUUUAUUUACGGCAAUGUUUCAGAUGUCAAAAUAUGGUGUAGUCUCUAGUUUGGGAGAUUUAGUCGCCUCCAUGGAUAUCUUAGCGAAGACAUUUGUUUUGGCAGUACCUGGCCAAAUCAUCGCUGAUAUGAGCUCCGGUGUAGCAGAUGCAGCAUACCAGAGUCUUUGGUACGAAAGAAGUAACAAAUUUCGAAAAUUUAUUGCUAUAUUGAUAGCAAGAGCUCAAAAGCCUUCCUAUUUGUCAGCUUUAGGAUUUUCGAAUUUAUCUCUUGUAAUGUUUUCUAAGGUAGCCAGCACAUCUUGGUCAUAUCUUUCGUUACUGAAUCAAAUGUCCGAAAAUUUCGACGUCUGAAACAUCUUAGGUACCUAACUACCACUUCUUCAAGUCCGAACAAACCUUAAAAGCACCUAAAUGCACUUUUAAAAGUAAUAGAUAAUAUAAAUUCUAGAGGUCAGAAGGAUUAAGUAGGCUCGCAGAUAUUUUGUUCACUGCACAAUAGGUGAACCGCUGUAUGUAUAAAAAAAUCCGUUGGGCUCUUGGAAUCCAAUUUAGCAUCUUCACUAUAAUUUUGUGACCGCCUUAAUAAUU